AUGAAUUCUCCGGGCGGCAGAGGGAAGAAGAAAGGCUCCGGCAGCGCCGCGCCCGCUGGGCCCCCGCCCCCCUGCGCGGGCCCCGCCCCUCCCGCGGCCGCCGGCCCGUCCCCGCAUAAGCGGAACCUGUGCUACUUCUCGUACCCGCUGCUGGCAACCUUCGCCCUGCUCCGCUUCGUCGCCUUCCACCUGGGGCUCCUCUUCGUGUGGCUUUGCCAGCGCUUCUCCCGCGCCCUCAUGGCCGCCAAGAGGAGCACCCGGGCGGCGGCCACGGCGGCCACCGGGCCGGGGGCGGCGGCGGCCUCGGCCCCGGCUCCGCCACCCGUGCCGGCGGGCGGGGAGGCCGAGCGGGUCCGCGCCUUCCACAAGCAGGCCUUCGAGUACAUCUCCUUCGCCCUGCGCAUAGACGAGGACGAGAAAGCAGGACAAAAGGAUCAAGCUGUGGAAUGGUAUAAGAAAGGAAUUGAAGAGCUAGAGAAAGGAAUAGCUGUUGUAGUCUCAGGACAAGGUGAUCAGUGUGACAGAGCUAGGCGCCUUCAAGCUAAAAUGAUGACUAAUUUGGUCAUGGCCAAGGAUCGUUUACAACUUCUAGAGAAGCUGCAACCAGUUUUGCAAUUUCCCAAGUCGCAAACGGACGUCUAUAAUGACACUACUAACCUGACAUGCCGCAAUGGACAUCUCCAGUCAGAAAGUGGAGCUGUUCCCAAAAGAAAAGACCCAUUAACACACACUAGUAAUUCACUUCCUCGGUCAAAAACAGUUGCAAAGACUGCAUCUACAGGUCUUUCAGGUCACCACAGAGCACCUAGUUGUAGUGGGCUAUCCAUGUUCUCUUCAGCUAGACAGGGAACUGUCCCUGCAGCUACGUCUCAUAAGGGCACUCCCAAAAUUAAUAGGACAAAUAAGCCUUCAACCCCUGUGACUGCUGCUCGAAAAAAGAAAGACUUGAAGAAUUUUAGGAAUGUGGACAGUAAUCUUGCUAAUCUUAUUAUGAAUGAAAUUGUUGACAAUGGAACAGCUGUCAAGUUUGAUGAUAUAGCUGGGCAAGAGUUAGCAAAGCAAGCGUUACAAGAAAUUGUUAUUCUUCCUUCCCUUAGACCCGAGUUAUUCACAGGGCUUAGAGCUCCAGCUCGGGGAUUGUUGCUAUUCGGCCCACCUGGAAAUGGAAAAACUAUGCUGGCCAAAGCAGUAGCUGCAGAGUCCAAUGCAACUUUCUUUAAUAUAAGUGCUGCAAGUUUAACCUCAAAAUAUGUAGGUGAAGGAGAGAAAUUGGUAAGAGCUCUUUUUGCUGUGGCUAGAGAACUUCAGCCUUCUAUAAUUUUCAUAGAUGAAGUCGAUAGUCUUUUAUGUGAAAGAAGAGAAGGAGAACAUGAUGCUAGUAGACGUUUAAAAACUGAAUUUUUGAUAGAAUUUGAUGGUGUACAGUCUGCUGGAGAUGACAGAGUCCUUGUAAUGGGUGCAACUAACAGGCCACAAGAGCUUGAUGAGGCUGUUCUCAGGCGUUUCAUCAAACGAGUGUAUGUGUCUUUACCAAAUGAGGAGACUAGACUACUUUUACUAAAAAAUCUAUUAAGCAAACAAGGAAGCCCAUUAACCCAAAAAGAGCUAGCUCAGCUAGCAAGAAUGACUGAAGGAUAUUCAGGAAGUGAUUUAACAGCACUUGCAAAAGAUGCAGCCCUGGGUCCCAUACGAGAACUGAAACCAGAACAAGUGAAGAAUAUGUCUGCCAGUGAGAUGAGAAAUAUUCGAUUAUCUGAUUUCACUGAGUCCUUGAAAAAGAUAAAGCGCAGUGUGAGCCCUCAAACCCUAGAAGCAUAUAUCCGUUGGAACAAAGACUUUGGAGAUACUACAGUUUAAAGAAGUACUUGUGUGAAACUGAGAUUAUGUUUACCUGCCAAGAAGGAAAAACAUUAUUUGCAAGGAGCAGCUGGUUUAAACUGCUGAAAUUUGGCCUGAGUUUAUGGGAUCUUACAGAUUCUCACAACUAUUUGUGCACUAAACUUGAAACUGAACCAGAAAGCAAAUUUGAAUAAAAACAUACAAUGUGAAUAAAACACUUUUGCUGUUUAAGGCAUCCUUGCCUUUAUAGUCAGGGUUUCCUUGCUGGGUACUGUAAAUUAGAGCACAAUAAAAAGUCAUUAAGAUCUUCUAGCAGUUUAAUCAUGGUGUGAAUAAUAAUUUGUAUAUGUUGUUACAGAUGAAAGUAUUCCAGAGACAUUGAAUGGUAGAAGGCACCAGCAACUUUGGUCUUCUGUCUUCUUGCUUUUUUUUCCCCUCGAAACAUUUUUUUCCAUUCCCCUUUUCCACAGUUGUCUUAACUACAAUAUCUAAUUGGAAUGCCAAAUGCUGUAAGUUUAUUUUAUUUCUCAAAAUUCAAUCCAGUGUGCCAAAUGAAAUUUGUUCCCUAUGCAACAAGAGCAAAAAAAAAACCAUUCUCAAUAUUAGGUUGUUCUAAUUGCAUAAAUCUGUAAAUAUAUUGUUAAGCACUCGGGUUCCCCCCACCCUUGGAUUUUUUUCUGUUAUAUUGUUACCAAAUGAUUGAGCAGUUGGAUAACAACAAACCUCCAGUAAGAUUGAAUAGUAACUCUUACUUUUUCACACAACUUGCAGCCCAGUUCACAUUUGGAGUACAAUAUUUUUUUUCCUUUUAGUAUAUUUGUAAAGAAUCAAUUACAGUGCUUUUCCAUGGUCCUAAUUUUUUUUCUCCUAGAAUCAAUCUAUUUAAAAGAGCCAAUAUUAACUACUGUUAGACUGGUUUAGAAGGGAAGAAAAGGGGUAAGUUAUUGACUAAAACAUUUCUAAUUUUUUGCUUCUUUCAGACUGUUUACAGGAAUACUUAUAAGCCAGCAAAACUACCAUCCUUAUUUCUUACUAGUGAUUAAUCUAUUCAAACAAGCUUUAAAAUAAGAGGUUAUUGGAUUUUUUAUACAUUGCAUACAGUAACAUUUUAUAGGUUUCGUGUGCUCACUUUGUAUGCUAAAAGUCUUAGACCCGGCUAAUCUGCUUUUUUUUAAAAUAUAUGUAACUGUUUCUUGUUUGUAUAAAUAUGCCUGAAUUUUUAAUUAUGAAAAUGAAAUUGUAGUAAAUAGAAACUCUUAAAUCAUGAUCUAUUAAAUAUUGUAAUAAAGGGAAAUGGAUAUUUGCCCUUAGUUUACUUGUUAAAAUUUUGUUUACAGCAUUAUCUGUGGUGCUUAUAUGCUAUUGUUACAACCAGAGAGAAUAAAUUUGUAGUAAGAAGUAUAA